AUGACUGAGCCUUGGCUUGUGCUUCUCUUGGCCCUGGGGUAUCCAGCCCUGCCCACAGAUCCUAUUUCCUUACCUUUCUCCCCAGAGGUAAUCACUCUUCUGAGGAUGGCACAACAUGGUGUAGGCUGCACACCCUUCCCCUCUCUGGCCCCACCAAUCACACUAUCGGUGGAUGGGAAGCAGCAGACCCUGGUGGUCUGCCUUGUCCUCGAUGUUGCACCCCCUGGCCUCGACAGUCCCAUCUGGUUCUCAGUUGGCAAUGGCAGUGCACUGGAUGCUUUCACCUACGGCCCUUCCCCAGCGGCAGACGGCACCUGGACCAGCUUGGCCCAGCUCUCCCUGCCUUCUGACGAGCUGGCAGCCUGGGAGCCCUUGGUCUGCCAUACAGGGCUUGGGGCUAAGGGCAGCAGCUGGAGCACACAGCCCCUACAGCUGUCAGGAGAGGCUUCUUCAGCCAGGACUUGCCUCUGGGAACCUCUCAGGGGGAUGCCGGGCCAGGUCCUGCGACUGGGGGCGCUGCGGCUGCUGCUCUUCAAACUGUUGCUGUUUGACUUGCUCCUGACCUGCAGCCGGUACCGCGCCCUGAGUGCGACCCGGGCGGACGUGGCGGAGACGCCUCGCGCGCGGGGCUCAGGGCUCCCCUUGCUUCCAAUAGCCUCACAGGCAGACCGUCUUCUUCUCUGUCCGCCGCUGCCUCCUGUCUGA